AUGAAGACACCAGGCAAUGCCUGCAUGGUAUCGAAGCUGAUCUCCAAAGUUGCCAUGUCCAGUGAAUCUGAUUGUGAGACUGCAGGCCCCUCCUGCGCAAGCACAAGUUAUGGAACAGGAGCAUUGUCCAGCGGCCAAAAGUUGGAUCAGGCACAGGCCUUGAACCUCUUCUAUCAACACUUCCCUGUCACAGUUGAUGGACAAUCAAUCAAGAAGAAGGACAGACUACUGAUUGCAGGAAAGCAUGAGAGAUUCUGUUAUGACAAGUGGAGAAGCCAGCAAGGGAAAAUGAGACGGGAUUAUGUGAUCGCUCACUUCCCCAGAAGAGAACCCACUGCCAGAAGAGUAGAGAUAUACAUUGAACGGCAGAACUGGGAGAAGAACAAAGUGAAGGUGGAGGAUGUCCUUCGCUACUGGCGACCUUCAAGCAACGCUGACACAACAAGAUACAACAAGGCAAUUAUGAAACUGGUGAAGUCCCAGAAGUGGAAAGGACUGUACAUUGCCAGUGACCCUGUCAAAGGAAGAAAGGUCAUGACGACACGGACAUUUGCAAAAGGGGAAGUCAUCUGUGACUACCACGGUCUCCCAAUCUCAGGGAAGCAAGGGAAAAAACUUUUGGCAGCAACAGAUGAAGACGAGAUGGGGUACCUAUACUUCUACAAGGAUGUAUCAGGGAAAACGUGCUGCAUAGAUGCAAAGACUGUGCCCUGCCCUUGCCACCCAGAGAUGGACACAAUUGGACGGAGGAUCAACCACUCCAGAAAGAGGAGAAACAUAAAGGGUCAGCUUCAGCAAUUUGAAGAGGAUGGCGAAGUGUGGAACGUCAUCCUUUUCAUUGCCAAACGAGACAUUCCGGUGCAGGAAGAACUGUUAUUUGACUAUGGGGUGUCAAGAAAAUAUUUUGGUGGAGAACGAGAAGAUUUGGAACGGCUUGACAGCUAG